UCCCCCACUAUGUGACCUGGGAGGACCAUCGACGGGCCUCGACAUUCGCUACUCAGACGUCGAGGGAAGCAGUCAAUACACGCAAGACAGGGGAGUUGAGUUGACUUGAGGAGGAAGACAGGACAACAUAUCAGCAGCCACCAUGAGUCUGAACAUCGUGGCCUCCACCACGGAGGAGACGAAGCAAGGAGGUGACGUCAUCAGCAUGAUCUUCCACAACGGCAAGGUCUUCACCGGCGCCGAGGGCGGUAAACUCAUCAUCUACAACCAGGAUUUAACCGUCCACAAGGAACUUCAGGCUCAGUUCAACACCGUCAACUCAAUGUGCAUCUUCAAUGGCGACCUGGUCACUACCGGUAACGACGGUCUGAUCAAGGUGUGGAGCGCCGACACGCUGGAGCUGAAAAACACCCUGACCGGCCACGACAACGAAAUCCGGAAACUGCUGCCCACCGCCGACCGACUCUACUCGGGGGACAUGAACGGAAAGGUGAAGAUCUGGAGUAGGGAGCUGACGAGCCAGUUCACACUGAGCUGUGUGGAGGAGGUCUGGGACAUCGCCGUCGCCGGAGACAUCUGCUUCACCGUCCGGGACAAGGACAUCACCUGCUCCGAAAUCAAAUUUCAGGAGAAUGUGGACGGGGACACCAAGUUCGUCAUUCUGACGUCAUUCGAGGGCCGCCCUCCGCUGGCUCUGGUCGGUAACACCAUCUGCUACUGCAACCGGCCCGGGAUGACCAUCAAACUGAGGUCGACCGAGAAGGGACACGCUGAACAGGGCGAACUGCAGGGCCACCACAAGAUCAUCACAGCGAUGGAGGCCCGGGGCACCCUGCUCUACACGGGCGGGUACGACAACACAGUGAAGAUCUGGGACGUGCCGUCGAAAAAGCUGAUCGCCAGCGGAACCACCGUCAGCAGCUCGGUACAGUCUCUGACUGUUGGAGAUGACGGCAGCAUCUACGCCGGCCUCAUGGGCGGCUAUGUCAUCAAAAUGCAGAAGCAGUAGCGGAACGUCUGAUGACUCCGCUGAAGAGGUGCUGGCCGAAGGAAGUCACGAGAUCUUGUCACACUGAUCUGACUCGCGAGGGUCGAUGAACAUGAAAGAGAAGUUGAGCUGAGAGAGACUCAGAGAGACUGAGGUUCUUGAGUUCGGAUGGAGGAUUUGGAGUCUCAAGAGAGUAGGCGAAUUUGAUGCGAGCUUGCACUUCUCUAAACGUAUAGAGAGAUGAGGUCAGCUUGCCAAGUGUGUUCUUGUGAUUUGUUCUUUUUAAGACUGUCCAUUUGGAGACUGUUUUGGUCUGUGCACACUGGGCGUUUGGAAACACUCGUCUGAAAUCGUUUUCAGCGCCAGGGAAUUUUUAUACACGGAAGGGCGUAUAUGAUAAACUACCAGUAACUUUCAGCAUUGUUGUCCCAGUGCACAAUCCAACAACCCGAAUGCAUCUAGAGUGUUUGUGUGUUUAUGUUUGUGUGUGACCUUAUGUUAGCGUGUUUUGAUGGAGUUUUGCCCGUUCGGUGCCGGUCGUUUGGUAGCAUUGUGCAUUAUGAAUCCUUGCGGUACCCGUUUUAUUCGUGUUUUUAUUGCAGUAGUGACGCUUGUCAAAUAUAUCGCUUUUUGUGUG